CUAUGGUUUGUUGCCGCCACCAUGGCUCUCGUCACUCGCUUCCUGAUGCCUAAGCACCCUAAGCACGCCGUGACCGAGGAGACACUUGCCGCCCCCACCAAGCUUGAACAACAACCCCCAGUCACGCAGACAUCGCCCUCAUGGAAACGCCUCUUGAUACUCAGAUAUGACAGCCAGAAGUACUGGGUCCCAAAUCUGCUCGCAGUCCUCAAGGCUGCGGACGAUGGUUUGCUCUCGUCCUCGCUCCUGGCACACAUCAACGGGCCACCCGGGCAACUGGAACUCGACACGCUCUACCAGGCAUUUGCCAACGAAAUGCGUGGCCGAUCCAUUACGGAGCGAUCUACGUAUCCCCUGGAAAUGAACAAAUUUCUUUCUCGAGCGAGAAAACCCAUGAGUGGCCUGGGCCGAUCAAAGUCGAUGUCACAGAUUAACCCAAGGACGCAAAGGAAGAGCAUGGACCUGUCAAAGGCGACGGAGCUGGGCCUUUCCAGAAAUUUUAGUGUAAAGAAGCCAGCAUCCUCUCUGGUUUCGAUGCGCAGCGGACUGCAAGAAAAUGGUACUCACCAGACUGCGAACAAAUCGUGGAUGAAGGACGGACAAACAGCAAAAUAUCAAGGCGACAGGAUGAGGAUAAAGGUCACGGCUGCCGAGCUUACAGCUCUGGCUGUGAUACUGGGAAGCGAGCCGAACAAGAACAUCGGCACUGACCGUGCGUUCACAGAUAUGGGUGCCUACGGUAUCUGCAUCACCCCUACACGGACACAAGGCUCCAAAUAUCACAUCACCCUUACACAAAACAAACUCAGCAGAUCGCAACGGCACGCCCUAGGCUCAGGAGUAUCGACAAUCUUCGCAAAGCACCUCGCAGCUGGCUCUCUUCCCUACCGUCAGGACAAACUCGGUGUACACAGCAUACUCAUCACGGAAGACACGUUCGACACGAUACAAGCCGGUACAUUGCUCGGUCCGGAGCCAAGCGCCACGCAAACACAGCAAUCCAAGUUUCUGACUUCGCUACCCAAUUCGACUGAGCUCAAGUUUUAUGCCCUCACAUCGACCCAAGCCGACACCUCGACAACACUGUUGAAUGCCAUCGCAGCAUUGCCAUUCUCUGGUGGUCUUCCACCCCUUGCCUCCUCGCCGAUGAUCAAAACAAUAAAGUUCAUCGCAUCCGGCAACUUGGAGACGGGAAAGCUACUACAGCGUCUAGAAGCCCUCGUAGACAAAGUACACCGACAAGCACCACACCUCAACAUCUUCGGUCCGCUUUACGAACCUCAGAACACAAAGGCCUUGUACCGCGAGCGAGAACGUCUACGCAAACUUGACACCGACCCACAGACGCCCGACACAUUGGCCGACAAGUCGGCUCGCAUGUCUCGCUACAUCACUUUGCUCGAGCGACUCAUGGCCCUCGUGCCUGACUCAAAGCCACAGAACGUGCUCAAAGCCGUCCAAAAAGCCACACAGAAUGAGAUCCAGCGCGCAUACGAUCACGCAGUGGGGCAGGUACCCCGAUCGUCGAGCACGCGAAGUGCGGAAUCUCAUCUGCAGCCUCCACCUGGUGCGCAAACCACACACCGCUCCACCUCACCACUGUCUAGCCUGCGUCGCCGCUCUAUCCGCUUCAGCUUCUAUUCCAACGUGACGAGCCCCUCCAACACCAGCGAAACAUCCGUGGAAGAAGACAACAACGACUCCAGCCUAGCAAAGCAGAUGGAGCGUGUCCUCAAGUCGGAACUGCCCCUCGAUGUGGCAACAGUUGCCUCUGUAGCGCGCAUGGUGCUUGUGGCAUGGACCCUGAGCGUGGGUACUGUGGCAUGGAAUGACAACGAGGAAGGAUACCGGAUCCCAGAUCUGACCGGCUGGGAUAAGAUGACCAUGUCGUAAGCACUUUGAUGAUUCACAUGCAUGCCUUGUUUCACCGUCAUCAUCAUCAGCAGCAUCAUCAUCAUGCUCCUGAACACGGGGGCGCUCCGGACGAAAUUUACCGGAUUGGUUUUUUCUUUGUACUCUUUUCCUUGAUAUUCCUUGAUAUUCCUUGAUAUUCCUUGAUAUUCCUUGAUUCCAUACGCGUCUUUGUUUCGAAAAAAUUGGGAGUUCAGGAGGCGGCGCGGCCUUAUUGUCGCUUAUCAAAGAUACCACUGGACGUUAGACACGUCGCUUUUCCUAGUUGUUUGUUGUUUCAACUUUUCCUCUGUACUAGUUUCCCUGCUACCACCACCA